UAAGGCGCUCGCGCAGGGUCGCGUGUAGCGGGCCGCCCUGCCACCGUCCGGCAUGAAGGGCUGUGGGGUCGCUGUCACCUGCUGCCCGCUCCUGCGCCAUGGAACGCCUGCGGAGCCUGAGCCGGCUCCUGCCCCGGCGCACGCUGUGUGCUCUGGCCCAGGGCCUGACUCCCGGGGCGCACCCCGUUGCCGCCUGCGGCCGCGCGGCCCAAGCGCCCGAGCGGAGCCGGGCCGCGCCGCCGUGCGGGCCCCGCCGGCCCCCUGUGGCAGGUGAAAUGCACCGGUUUAGAUCUUCUGAUGUCUCUCAAGCCACUUUAGCCAGCGUAGCCCCAGUGUUUACUGUGACAAAAUUUGACAAAGAGGGAAACGUUACUUCCUUUGAAAAGAAGAAAACUGACUUAUAUCAAGAAUUAGGUCUUCAAGCCAGAGAUUUGAGGUUUCAGCAUGUGAUGAGCAUCACAACCAGAAACAAUAGAAUCAUCAUGAGAAUGGAGUAUUUGAAAGCUGUGAUAACUCCAGAGUGUCUUCUGAUACUAGAUUAUCGUAAUUUAAAUUUAGAGCAAUGGCUAUUCCGGGAACUUCCUUCGCAGUUGGCUGGAGAAGGACAACUUGUCACAUACCCUUUACCUUUUGAGUUUAGGGCUAUAGAAGCACUUCUACAAUAUUGGAUCAGCACUCUUCAGGGGAAACUUAGCGUUUUGCAGCCACUGAUCCUUGAGACGUUGGAAGCUUUAGUGGACCCCAAACAUUCCUCUGUGGACAGAAGCAAACUGCACAUCUUGCUUCAAAAUGGCAAGAGUCUGUCUGAGUUAGAAACUGAUAUCAAAGUUUUCAAAGAGUCCAUUUUGGAGAUUUUGGAUGAAGAAGAGCUGCUGGAGGAGCUCUGCCUCAGCAAGUGGAGUGACCCGCAAGUCUUUGAAAAGAGCAGUGCUGGAAUCGACCAUGCAGAAGAAAUGGAAUUGCUGUUGGAAAACUACUACCGUUUAGCUGACGAUCUUUCCAAUGCAGCUCGGGAACUCAGAGUGCUGAUUGAUGAUUCGCAGAGUAUCAUAUUCAUCAAUCUAGACAGCCACCGUAAUGUGAUGAUGAGGCUGAACCUGCAGUUGACCAUGGGAACCUUUUCUCUUUCACUGUUUGGACUAAUGGGAGUUGCUUUUGGAAUGAAUUUAGAAUCUUCCCUUGAAGAGGACCAUAGGGUGUUUUGGCUGAUUACAGGAAUUAUGUUUAUGGGAAGUGGCCUCAUCUGGAGGCGUCUGCUCUCAUUCCUCGGACGACAGCUCGAAGCUCCUUUGCCUCCUGUGAUGGCCUCUUUACCCAAAAAAACCCUUCAGGCAGAUAGAAGCAUGGAGUUGAAACACAGCUUCCGGCCAGACGGAUCAAGCAGGAGCGUCCUGACAAACCGUUGGAGUCCUUGACCCGGUACAGACCGGAUGAUUUUUUGAUGGUCGUCAUGAGAAACUUGGUACCUUUAUUUUCUUUUAUAGAAUCAGAGACUUGAAAAAAAAUCACUGAUACUUUAAUGUCUGAUAAAAAUAUUAGGGCACUCACAAUACUAGGAUUUAAUUGCAUUUUCAGGAUUGAGUAAAGCAGCAAAGUACUUGCUUUGUAAAAGGCCAAAAUUCUAUCUUCCACAAACUGAAAAGGCUAUUUUUAGAGACAUGAUGUGAGGCAUAGAGAGACUGACUUCUACGUAUCAAGAAAAGUACAGCCUCACGCCAAGCAAAGCCUGAAUAUCUGACUAACUCACAGUGAUGAGAUCCAGUAGCAGGAGCUCUGAGCAAGUUCCCAAGAGCAUGAUUCCGACUGGAAAGGCGGGAAAAUAUAUAUUAUCCUUAAAACGCAGAAAGUUUGUGCUUUACAUCAGACUUUUCUUGUACUUGCCUCCUUUUUAUGUAAGGCAACUAAAAAGGAAAGGAUUGCAUGGAAAGGAAAGCUUACAUGGAUUCCAGUUAAUCAAGAUUUCACUUUCUUGAACCUUGGAACUAGUUUUCUCUGCUUGGCUAUAAUUAAAGCCUUUGGAAAUAGCGU